GAAAAAUAAACCAUGAUUUCUUUUGGUUUUAUCUUGGUAAUUGGUCUUCCAAUUUUUGCGACAGCAGCUACAAUGGAUGAUUGUAAAACUAUUGGUCUAGGCUUGGAGCCAAUCAUCAAGUCGAUAAAUGUUACAGACCGAUUUUUCUGGCCACCGGAGACAUACAAAGCUUACGCAGAUAAAUGUGAAGAAAUUAUAAAUUGUGUAAAAUCGGUGGACGCUUCCCUACUAGACAAGUUCUCAACCAAAGUGAGCCCUUGCCUAUUCUAUAUUUUCUACAAUCGCGACUUCUCAAAUUGCGCCAAAAAGCUGAUCGCGAAGAAAGAUGACAAUAUUUCAUGCCUCAACACACUUUUCAAUGAUGUUCACGAGCCAGAAGUAGAUGAGUGCGAUCAAUGGGACAGUCUUCAACCAUGCAUUAAGGAAAAUAUCGCAAAUUUGUGUGAUGACCAAUCAGGAAAAAUUCAGGAACAAUAUGUAAAACAAACCGCUAAUUUAAGACCAGAAUUUUGUGACUAAUAGUAAAAUGUUGAAUAAAACUAUUUUAGAUUUC